AACAGAUGAGCUGUGUUGAGAAUGGAAGAGCGGGUGGAGCGGCAGAAGGACCGAAGGAGGAGUCUGAAGGGGGCCGCUCCAGCCAAAGGGAGGGGCACUGCUUUUGUCUUCAGCUGUCUUCAGCUAGAUAGACCACUUUUCUUUCUGCUGCCAUUUCUUUUCUGACUUCUUACUUGUGGACUGUACCAAAAUCCCACAAUGGAUAAAUUCCAAACUGUCCUGCGUUUCCUCAUGAACCAGAAAGCCACCAUUGGCUACAGUUUUAUGGCUCUCCUGACAAUAGGCGGGGAGCGGAUCUUCUCCAUGGUCUCCUUUCAAUGCCCCUGCAACCACGACCAGAAUUUUGCCUACGGGCUCACGUUCCUGCUCGGCCCCGCCGUUGUGCUGCUGGUCUUGGGUCUGUUCUUCAACACCAGGCUGUGGAGGCUUUACACGGGGUGCUGCCUCAAUCCCAUGAAGCUCUGCCCGCGUGGAAACUGCUUUGGGUGCUUCAGAGUGUUCACGAGCAUCUUCACGGGGGCUUGCGUGGCUCCUUUGAUGUGGCUCUCCGUGGCUCUGCUCAACGGGACCUUUUACGAGUGCGCCGUCAGCGGCCGCGAUGAAAACCUGGUGGUGGAUCUGUUCUGCAAAAACAAAACCAUGAAGUGUCGAGAAGAGCUGGCCCGAGUACCCUGUGGCAGGUCCAAGUUAUCUGCUGAUGAGCGCAUGGAUCUACUGCUGAUGUUCAGGGCACAAUCCCAGAUCCUGGGCUGGUUCAUCAUCAUUAUCGCCGCCACAGUCGGCCUUUUGGGUACCUGCUACACCAACUGCCGCUCCAAAGUCAGCUUCCUGCAGCGCACCUUCUGGAAGCGAUACAUGGAGAAAGAAAAAGAGCACUUUGACGCCUACACUACGGACUAUGCCUCCAAACUGGCGGAAAGAAAUCUCAGCAGUUUCUUCGACAACAAGAACCCUGAGCCGUUCCCCUUCCCGAACCACAAGGCCUGGGAGCAGAUCUCGGAGCUCUACACCUUCUCCAGGAGCGAACAAUACUACAGCACCCUGCAUAACUAUGUGGAGAGGACGGAUCCGGACUUCCCGCCUGAAAAGAGACCCGUCCUGGAUUUGGAGCGUGGGAUGGAAAUGAAGUAAAGUCCACCAGUGAAUAGAAGCGCAGACUGGUGAAACUGUUCCAGGAAUUUAAAAAAACACUCUAUUGUUGCACCACCUGUUGAUGCCACUAAACUUAGCUCCUAAUUUACACUACCUUCAAUAAUAAUCAGCUUGCACUAACUAGAACUUGCUAAGUGGACAUGAAACAUUUAGUAUUUAAUCUGGUCAAACAUCUACAGGUGCGUUUAGGACAGGGGUGUCAAACUCAUUUUAGAUCGGGGGCCACAUGGAGAAAAAUCUACUCCCAAGUGGGCCGGACUGCACGAUAACUUAAAAAUAAAGACACCUUCAGAUUGUUUUCUGUGUUUAAAAAUAGAAGAAGCACAUUCUGAAAAUGUACAAAUCAUAAUAUUGUUUUUUUUUACACUUACAUGUUGCGGUUAAUAGUAUUCUAUCUUUAUUUGUCCUUAUUUAUAUUUUCUGAAUGAAUGAUGUGAUAAUGUUCAUCAGUCAACUCAAUGGUGUUCAACUCAUUUCACUUCAUCGAACCUUUUCUAACAUUCCACACCACUAAAUAAUAAAUGUAUGUUUCAAUAAUGCC